UGUAGUGCUGUAUAGUGAUCAAAUUUCGCCGCCGGUAGUGUUGACAAACUCUAAAUUCUAGCUGUUGUUAUUCUCAAAAAAGAAGAAGAGAAAACACGCACAUUUUUCACAAUCUGUAAAACGAAAAAAAAUUUGUACGGAUAGAACACUACAAAUUCGACAAAGAAACAUUUAACAGACAUGCCGCGACCCCUGAAAAGAGUUCACCUGGAGGCCAAUGAGGAGGAGCAGUCCCAGGCUGAUCAGCCUCAGGUCGAAUCAGCUGCAGAAGACGUCGAGGCAUUCACAAACCAAGCUUUCAGGAAUGUAGUUAGGGCCACAAGGUCAGCAAAUGCUUUUCCCCAGGGAACCUCCCGAGCCUUAUACUUCAGCUAUCCGGGCUACGCACGUGUCAUGGACGACCUGUCCCAACGUGUGGUUGGGCUCAUUGGAAACGUACUCAAAUCCAAGGAAAUCAAAGGCGACAUCAGAAAACGUCAACUAGAUGAGCAAUUUGAGAUGGUGCAGGAAUGCAAUGACAUACUGUUCGAGCGCAUCACUACCAAUCUGGACAUAAAGAGCGGUCUGCGCAGGAAUCACCAUCAGGUCGUGGAGGCACAGGUCGACGUGAUGACCUCUACCUCGGCAGAACCAGCAGUUUCUUCCCUACAAACACAGGAGACUCCAAAAGCGGGAAGCUGGAACAGGACGACAGGAACGCCCCAACGCAACAUGGUUUCCGCUCGCCUUUUUACGGCAAAAAACAUUGUUCGUCCGCAGACGCAAUUUAAGGAGCCAGUUGAUAACAGUGCUCAGAAUCCGUUUACACCCAGGCUCAAGGAAAAACCGAAUUCAUUAAAGCCGUUGGCACUAUUGCCUGAAUAUGAUGAUGCAGGAAACGUGCAAUCUUAUUUGCAUCCCUACGAGUUUGAGCUGCUUAAGUUUCAACCUCCCGCGGAUCAACUUCAAAAACAGAAUCCAGUACUUCCAGAUCUGAUGGCAAACACAGAGCUUAUGCUGGUAGACACGGUUGAGAAGCUACAUCAGGCCUUAGAGGAGUUAAGCCAAGCGCCCCAGAUAGCCAUCGAUGUAGAGCACCAUUCGUAUCGCACUUUCAUGGGUAUCACUUGCCUGGUCCAGAUGUCUACGCGCACCAAGGAUUACAUUUUUGAUACGUUAAUUCUGCGCGAUGAUAUGCACAUACUGAAUCUGGUUCUUACCGACCCUAAAAAGCUAAAGAUCUUACACGGCGCUGAUUUGGACAUUGAGUGGCUGCAACGGGAUCUAUCAUUGUAUAUUGUCAACAUGUUUGAUACACAUCGGGCGGCAAAAGCAUUAAACAUGGCCAGGCUAUCGCUGGCCUUUUUGCUGAAGCACUAUAUAGAUUUGGAUGUGGACAAGAGCCUGCAGCUGGCCGAUUGGCGGAUGAGGCCACUACCUCAGCAGCUGGUGGACUAUGCCCGUCAGGAUACCCACUUUUUGAUAUACGUCUACGAACGGAUGACAAACGAUCUGCUGCAGCAGCAGGCCGAACCGGGAUUACUUGGCAGUGUUUAUCAACAGAGCACAGAUGUGUGUAAGAAGCGGUAUAACAAGCCUCACAUUGGACCAGAAUCAUAUAUGGAUUUAGUGCGGAAAACGAAACGUUGCUUCGACAACCGCCAGCUGUACGCAUUACGUGGAAUCUUCGAGUGGCGCGAUGCGACGGCGCGGUCAGAGGAUGAGAGCUAUGGCUAUGUGCUCCCAAACCAUAUGAUGCUUCAAAUCGCCGAGAGUCUGCCAAGGGAGAUGCAGGGUAUCCUUGCUUGCUGCAACCCCAUCCCACCGUUGGUGCGUCAACAGCUGCAUGCCCUCCAUCAGAUUGUCCUCAAGGCGCGCGAUCAGCCGCUGGUUAAACCAAUCCUGGAAGCCCGCAGCAGCACACAGGCAUCAUUGCCGCCUUCGACAAAAGACUUUACCAGCAAGCUCUACUGUCCGCACGACUUUUCGCACCAGGAUGAGACCCGCGACGACCUGCCCACACUAUUAAAGCGCAGUUCUACUUCAGGCAAACUCGAGCUGCCCAGUGAGAAAAAUGUUCACAAAGAAGAUCUACCCAUUGCGGCUCCAGCAAUGGUUCUGUUUGAGAAGCCUGCUAGACCCACCCUGGAAGAAGAACAGCGCUGGGCCCAUCUUCGCAAAGAGAGUCAAAACCUGCGCAUGCCCUACAAACGGUAUCUUGCUAUCCUUCCGCUGAUGGUGCAGAUAAAGGCUGAUCAGAUCGCCAAGGAGCGCAAUGAGUUGCUAAAGAGGCGUUUGUGUCCAGCAGAAGCAGCUCCGGAGCAAAAUAUAAGGCUAGCAGAACCUGCUUCCAAGCAAGGCGAGGAAACCAUGUACUCCGUGCCGCUUAGGGAACAACUAAAACGCAAACACCAAACGAACAGCAAAACGGAUCCGGAUCAGCAACCGACUACCAGCAAGAGAUCCCGCAAGGAUGAAAACACACAACCGAGUGUUAAGCCAGGGACGCAGGUGAAGAUAGAAUCCGCCGAGGUUGCAAAUCAAGUCCCUCGAGAAAGCGAUGACGAGGUCGUCGAAGUUCCUAUUGCAAGGCAACCCACAGAGAUACCGAAACCUCCGUCAGUACUGAGCAAACGGCAGAAAAAGCAAAAGUAUUUCCAGAGCGGUUUUAAGGCUAAGAAUCGCGGAAAUCAUCCACAAAGCUCCAGUAUCAAAAUUCCGCAGAUGAAGGCUGAAGGCAACUUUGACUAUAAGAACGUAGACUUCCGGCAAUUCAAGGGCGGAGCGCAAAGAGCUCAUGGAACGGAAAUCAAACAUCAAAUUCGCGGAAAGAACCGUCCCAACAACCGCUCCAAUAAGCAAUUUAAUAAACUUUUUACAUUUAGCAAUGUAAAAAAAGAUGGCAAAAAAUAAAUUGCAAUUACGACGAAAGUCUGUAAAAUAUAUAUGUUUAUAUAUUUUAAAGAUGAUGACUCAAUAUAAGAUACAAAAACCACCAAAAAUGAAUUAGACAAGAGUUUAUUUUUGAUUGUUUAUACACUCUUCCUAUAAAUUUUUCAAGUUUUCUAAAAUAUUACCUAUUAAAUAACAAUCGGCUUGUGUGUGAAACUAUUCAUUAAACUACACUAUCGAAUACGA